AUGUUUAAUCCUUCACCUGCACCCGACAUUGACAUUAACAACCAAUUCCAACCUCAAGGCGCUUCUUAUAACAAGCCGGUGGCCAAUUUUGCAUGGGCUGUGCCUGGAGGUCUCAGCGCCAUCAACACCAAUCUCAACACCCUUCCACAGGAUGGGUACACUUCAGAAUCUCCGCUGAUCACGAGUGCCUUGUCCAAUGGAUAUCACAGUGCAGACUUGGCGUUUCCCAGUCGACCUACUUUCAACAGCCAAACCAAUUUCUGGGCGGCGACUGACUGGCAAUGGCCGACCGCGCCAUUUGGUCCACCUUCUCAAUCACUCGUCCAACCGGGCAACUCUCCGAACAGGGAGGUUGUCAGUAACAAGUUGCGAACCUUGGUUCGAAUGUUACUAGGUACCAGAUUCGUGCUGCGGACGGUUCGCCAAAAGAACCGGCGCCAUAGUGCUUCAGACUGCCAUCCAUGGUCUACUGGCUCUAGGAGAUUUCCUGGUCCUGAUCCAAGUCAGAGUUCAUCUGGUUCAGGCGACGCCGUCUUUGGCAAUCUAUCGAAUGAGCACCAGUCCCACACAUUCAAUCUCCCGAUCUACACCAACAAUACAUGGCCGGAUAAUACUCUAGGCAUAUGGGAUAGUGGCGAGAAUUCGCAAUUUCCACCACAAGAAUACGCACCUGGGAAGAUAACUGAACUAUCUGAUGAAGAGGUGAUCUCUGGCAUGGAGCGGGAGCUUCCGGGUCUGUUGGAUGGAUCGACUACAGCUGGAAAUGCUGUAAGCCAAACCCAACGAAAAACGGCGACUUUGGGCCAGUCGAAGAAGCGUCCCAUCGGUUGUGUGGAUGUCAAGGAAUCUUCGGACGACGAUACCGAUGAGGGCUCAAGGAGUACGAAAAGGUCCAAAAAGGCUUCAACGUCACAACGUUUUGCAUGCCCCUUCUACAAGCAUAACCCAGCACAAUAUGAAAACUCAAGAAGCUGCGUUGGUCCUGGGUGGACGACAGUCCACAGAGUCAAGGAACAUAUCUUUCGAAGUCACAGGCUUCCCGAACAUCAAUGCCCUCGCUGUUUCGAGACGUUCAAAUCAGCUGUGACUCUCUCAAGACAUUCGAGGGCAGCUGUUCUUUGCCAGAUCCAGAACCGCGCUACUCAGGAAGGCAUCGACGCCAGUCAGGAAAAGCAACUCAAAAUCAGGGCAAAGAAAACCAACGCUGGGCCACAUCAGAAAAGGGUCGAGGAAGAUAGAUGGAACGAGAUGUACCAAAUCGUCUUUCCAAAUGAGGAACAACCAUCCUCACCAUACUACAACCGCGUCCACAACAGCGUCGUUUCAAGGAUCGAUGACUUUGAGAGAAACGUUAUGGAUGAUUUUGGUCAACUGCACUCCAAGAAAGUGUACAAUCUUGCCGAAAAGGCGAUGCAGAUCCCAACAGCCGAUUGCCCCAGUUGA